AUGGCGCAAGCAGUGGGAUCCUACUCUAAUCCGCUCAAGAAGUUCAAACUCGUCUUCCUUGGUGAACAAUCAGUUGGCAAAACUUCCCUCAUAACGCGAUUCAUGUAUGAUUCCUUCGACACCACCUACCAAGCCACCAUUGGCAUUGAUUUCCUCUCCAAGACCAUGUACCUCGAAGACCGGACGGUGCGCCUACAACUCUGGGAUACUGCAGGCCAGGAGCGCUUCCGAAGUCUCAUUCCUUCAUAUAUCCGCGACUCGUCCGUGGCAGUGGUUGUCUACGACAUCAGUUCCAAAAAAUCAUUCGAGCAAACACGGAAAUGGAUCGAUGAUGUCCGGGGCGAGCGCGGCAACGAUGUGAUCGUGGUGUUGGUCGGCAACAAGACGGAUCUUGGCGAUGCUAAGCGAGAAGUCACAACCGCGCAGGGCGAGGAGGAGGCGAAGCGUGCUGGGGCGAUAUUCGUAGAGACCAGCGCAAAAGUCGGGCAUAACGUCAAAGCGCUCUUUAAGAGGAUCGCACAGGCGUUGCCAGGCAUGGAGAGCGAGGAGGGUCAGGGUGGUCAGCAAAACAUGCAGAGUAUCGAUGUCAGCGCUACGAGUAAGCCUCCUCAGGAAGAAGGGUGUGCUUGUUAG